UCGGGAGGUAGAGGCGACUGUGCCGGGGGGGGGCACUCGGGCUGGCGGAGCAGGGGGCGGGCUCUCCGCUGCCCCCUCUGGUGCCGCCCCUUCGCCAUGCAAAUGUCGCUGGGGCUCUUCCCCCGCCAGGGACCCCCGAGCGCGUCUGGGGCUCCUAACAAAAGCCUCUGUUUUGGGAGGGGGAGACUCUUCUCGCAGGGUCGCUGGAAGAGGGGAGGGCGGCGCGCCGGUCCCUUCAAUUCCCCUGGCAGUGGUGCACGGUAGGCUAUGGGAUGGACGAAGCUGAGCAGGACCAGUCUGAAGCCCGUCUCAAAGAGCUCUUUGACAGCUUUGACGUCACUGGCACUGGCUCUCUGGGGCACGAGGAGCUGACCGAACUCUGCCGCGUCUUGCACCUGGAGGAAGUCGCUCCGGGAGCACUUCAGCAGACCUUUCUGCAGGGCGAUCUCCUGAGCCGGGUCCGCUUUGACCAGUUUAAAGAAGCACUCAUCCUCCUCUUGUCCAGGACACUAACAAAUGAAGAGUCCUUCCAAGAACCAGAUUCUUCACCAGAAGCCCAGCCCAAAUACAUCAAGGGUGGGAAGCGCUAUGGCAGGCGGUCCAUGCCGGAGUUCCAGAAAUCCACGGAGGAGUUUGCAGAGGUGACUGUGAUUGAGCCUCUGAAUGAGGAAGCCCAUCUGUCGCACAUCUCCAGUGAUGACUGCGAUGAGCGCUGGAGGUCCCAAGACAGCGAGGAAUAUGAAGCUGAAGGUCAGUUGAGGUUCUGGAAUCCCGACGACUUGAACGCAUCCCAAAGCAUCUCCCCCACUCAGGACUGGAUAGAAGAGAAGUUGCAUGAGGUGUGCGAGAGCCUGGGCAUCUCCAGAGAUGGCCACCUCAACAGAAAGAAGCUGGCUUCCAUUUGUAAACAAUGUGGCUUGCAGAAUGUUGACAUGCAGGUGGUCGAAGGCGUCUUCCGCAAUCUCCAGCAUGAUAGCACCAUGACCAUUGAAGAUUUCUUCUACCGCUUGUUUAAAACUGGGAAGCCUCUUCCGCCAUCUGCUUCAACCCCGUACAGGCAACUAAAGAGGCAUCUCUCCAUGCAGUCCUUUGAUGAAACUGGGAGACGCACCACCACACCAUCAGCAAUGACAAGUACAAUAGGCUUUCGGGUGUUUUCCAGGCUAGAUGAUGGGAUGGGUUAUGCUGCGGUGGAACAAAUCUUCGAUGCGUGGCACGAAGAAGGAAUAGAGAACAGCCAUGAGAUCUUAAAGACCUUAGAGUUCAACCUGGAUGGAAAAAUUAAUCUGGCAGAGCUUACCCUUGCCCUGGAAAACGAGCUUCUCAUAACAAAGAACGGGAUAUAUCAGGCUGUGCUGGCCAGCUUCAAGACGGAGAUCCGGCAUUUAAUGGAACAAGCUGACCAGGAGGCCAGGGAGAAGGAGAAGCUGCGGUUAGACUUGGAGAAGGCGGAGAAGCUGAAAGUCCUCAUGGCCUCCGAAGUGGAUGACCACCACGCUGCCAUUGAACGCCAGAACGAAUACAACCUAAGCAAGGUGGAAGAAGAGUACAAGGAACGUGUUGCAGCGCUGAAAAACGAACUUCAGAAAGACCGAGAGCAGAUUCAGCUGCAGGCCAACAAGCAGCGGGCAGAGCUGGAGGAGGAGAUGGAGAAGCUGAAAACGGAAGAGAACUACCUCCGUGACCGCCUGACUCUGACUCUGAAGGAGAACAGUCGCUUAGAGAACGAACUCCUGGCAACUGGAGAGAAGCUGGUGAAGUACGAAAGCACCAUCAGCAAACUGCAGAAGAACUGGGAAAACGUCCUAGCAGAGAAGUUUGGGGAUCUCAAUCCAGGCAGCGCAGAGUUCUUCCUGCAAGAGGAACGGCUGAUGCAAAUGAAGAAUGAAUAUGAGCGGCAGUGCAGGGAACUCCAAGAUCAGAUAGAUGAGCUUCAGUCUCAGCUGGAAGAAUAUCAGGCUCAAGGCAGGGUAGCCCGGCCUUCCCUGAAAGCCUCUCUCUUUGAGGAGCUGGACGAUGGCGGAGUGGUGUCUGCUCAAGCAGCUGGUUCUGAGGAUUGCAAACCAGUAAACAUGAGCAUAGAAGCUGAAAUGGUUAUUGAGCAAUUGAAAGAUCAGCACCACCGGGAUCUCUGCAGCUUGCAAGAGGAGCUUGGAAACACGAUGUGCCAUUAUGAGAAGCAGCUCAAGGAGGCCGAGGCUCGCUGUGAGAUGGAGCAGGAGAACCUCCAGCGGACGCACGCGCAGGAGAGGCGAGCCCUGGAGCAGCAAGUGGGCUGCCUGCAGGCCCAGGUGUCUGAGCUCCAGGGACAGCUGGCGAGACUCAAGCAGGAGUGGCAGGAGGUCGACUCCCAGCGGGAGGUGGAGAGCAGCAGCCUGCAGGCGUGCUUGGAGGAGAAGGCCACCCUCGUGGGCCAGCUGAAGCUUCAGCACCUGAGGGAGCUGCAGGCCAGGCUGGAAGAGGCCCAGGCGGAUUUCAGCCACGAGCGGGAGGAGUUGAUUCAGGCCGGGGUCUGGAUGGAAGAGAAAAUGCGAGCGUUAGCACAGACAGUCCAAGAAGAGAAAGCCGAGCUGGAAGAUGGAUUCCACAAUCAGCUGCAACGGCUGAUAGAGAAGCACAGCCUAGACAAAGAGCAGCUCCGGCAAGAGCUGGCGGGGAAGUAUUGGCAGGAGCUCAAGGAAGAAAGGACAAAAAUGGAAAAUGAAUUUAAUGGAAGAAUGUCUCGGACAGAGGAGCAAUUUGCCAUCGACCGACAGGCACUUGUGAGCAAGUACGGAGGCGCAAUAAAAGGCCUUGAGGAACACUACCAGCGAGAGUUGCGCAAGGCCUCUGAGCUGCAACGUGAAGUCAAAUCCCAGUGGGAGUUUGAAAAGGAUGAAAUUGUCCAGGAAGGUGCUGAGGCCCAGGAAAGGUGGAAAGAAAUGCUGGAGAAAGCAAAGGCUACUUCUUCAGCACUUGCCCAAGAGAAGGAGCUCCUGGAGAAACAGUUCAAGGAGUAUGUGAACUCGCUGGUGUUGGAGAAAGAGCAGCUUCAGAAAGAGCUACAGGAUGCAAAGAAGCGAGAGGGUGAGCUCCGUGAGAGACUCCUGCAAAUGCGAGGCAUCCACGAGGAGGAACUCAAGGGAAGAGAAGACGUGUCUCCCGUUGAGGAAGAUCAGGAGCUGCUUCACCAAAAGCUUGGAAGCCUGGAGGCCAAAUUUGCCCGUGAGAAGGAAGAACUGGCUUCCAGGCUUGUCACUCUGGAGCGCUUAAAGCAAGAGGCGCUCAGCAGAGCAGCUGAGGAAAACAAAGAGUUGAGGGCCAAAGUCUUGAUGCUUGAGGACAAAACUGAAGAACUCCAGCAGGAAUUGCAGUGUCUGUCCAAACUGCAAAGAAAUUUAAUUUUUUUGAGCAAAGAAGCAGCACGAGGGGGUGAUUCUCCAGAGCUGGUGGAGUCCCAGGAGCCAAGCGAAGUGAUGGACAUUUUUUCAUACCAGGAAGCUGUCCAAGAGCCACCAAGAGAAGGUGACGUGGCAACUGUCCCCGUGGAUAGUAAGUUACUGAAAAGGCCAGAGAGAAAGCCAACUCGGUCUCCUAGUUUUAUCGCACUGGUUCCAGAAUUGUUUGUGGACACUCAGCUGCUGAAUAUGACAGAUGAAGGCAACGUUCAAGCAAAAAGAGAAGGUGGAAUUAAAGAGUCAGAGAACCUAGCAGUGGAAAUUGAAGGGACAAUAUUUGAAGCAACCAUGGAGACCUCUCUCGCCUUGGAGAAGGCCUAUGAAGAAGUUUGGGCAGAAAACGAAACCCUCAGGCUUCAACAAAGCCGGCUUCAAGAGAGGAUCAGCCUCCUGGAGGCUGAAUGUGACCAAGCAACUCUUGAUCGUCAAGACAUGGCUUCCCAGGUUGAGAAGGACCUGGAGGAAAUCCUUAAAACCAUCCCCCAGCCUAAUGCCUUGCCCUGUGGAAGUGAGGAGAGUGAAGAACGAUCCCACCGGGGAAAAGUUGAUAAUGCAAAACCACCUCCAGAUUGUGCAACAGGGAACAAGGCGACUUCUGAUGGAACUCCAGAGGCUGAAUUAAAUGCUGAGAAGAUGGCUGACUGUCCUCUGCAGCUUGAGAUGGACCACAGAGGAGCAAGUAGGGCCGAGAAGAGAGAACUAGAAAACUUGGCGGCAGAGCCUUGGGGCGCAAACACUGAGAAAGACAUGAGCUCCAGGGCACAGUGCACAGUUCUGCCCCUGCCAGAAGAACUCAAGGUGGGAAACCAGGCCCUGAAAGCUGAGAUGAUCAGGUUGUUUGAACAGAACACUAAACUGGAAGGGUGCCUGCCGAGACUUUUGUUAAGUUUGCAGAGCAGAUUGGAAGAGAGCGACAGAGAAAGCCUCACUCUAACGGAGGAAAAACUGCAACUGCUGGAGAGAGUAAAGGAACUGGAAGAGGUCCGUGACCAGUUUGCCAUGGCAAAUGCCGAGCUGCAGAGCUCCAAGCUGGCUUUGCAAAGCAGGCUCGGCAAAAUGGAAGUGUUUGUGGCGAAUCUGAAAGCCCCGAAAGGGGCGAGGCACGGCCGUAGUGAGAACGGAGCCAAGGACGCAGAAGUGGAGGCAAGGGGCCUUCACGAGCUCAACCGGAAACUCAAGGACAAGGUAGCAGCGCUGCUGAAGCAGAAGGGCAGCCACGCUCAGGAGAAUGAUGGCCUGAAUGUCGCCCUCCAUGCCUUGCGGAGCACCUGCAGCAAGCAGCAGCGGGAGCUAGAGCUCAUGAGAUGUGAGGCUGAUCAUCUCAGAGAAGAAAAUGCUGUUUUAAGGAACAAGAUCGCCUUGUUGAAUGAGGAAGGGAGCAUUUCCAACCUGCGCUUGAGGGAGCUUAACGGAUCUCAAGAAGAACUGUGGCAAGAAAUUGAGGUCGUACGGAAGGAGAAAGUGGCAGUGCAAAAAAUGGCUGAAAACUUGAAGAAGCAGGCAUCUGAACUGAAAGCCCGGAAUCAGCAGCUGGAGUUGGAAAAUGCUGAGCUUGAACGAAAAAACUCCCCCAACCAGGCAGAUGCGCAAGAUCUCAACCAGCGGUUGUUGAGGGUGCUUCGGCAGAGGGAAAAGGAGGUGGGGAAGUUUAUGCCGGAAGAAUGGAGGAGAGAAGGCUCUCGGCACAAGGAAGAACUGGAGAACUGCAAAAUUCAGUCUUCAACGCUGGUCUCCUCCUUGGAGACGGAGCUGUCUCAGCUCAGGGCUCAAGCCCGUGCUCUGGAGGAAGAGAACCGCUUCCUCAAGGAGGAACUGGAAAAGGUAAAGCAGGUGCCGAGGUGUCUGGACCGCUCUGACCUCCAGAACGAGAUUUCCAGCGUCAUCGCGAAAAACGAGAAGGUGCUGGCAGAGAAAGCAGCUCUCAGCGAAGAGCUGAACAGAUGUGUAGAGAAGGCAGCUAAAGUGGCCCUCUUGGAGAACCUUGUUGCCUCCUUGAAGCAGGAGAAGUCAUCUCUGGAACACGAGAAUCAGGCUCUGAAAACGCAGAUUGCAGCAUCUCAAGACAAGAUUCGGAAUUUUGACGAUGCUGUACAGAAUGUCAACCUUCAGAUGUCCAGGCUCAAGUCGGACCUCAGGGUGUCGCAGCAGGAGACAGAAACGCUGAAGCAGGAAGUGAUGUUGUUGCACAAGCAACUGCAGACAGCCAAUGAUAAGAAUCGGGUUCUUGAAGCCGCCGUGCAUUCCACCGGACUGCAGAGCCAACAGAAGAAGCUCUGCUGGGAUGAGCUGGGCCACUUGGCCAAGCAAGAACAGCAGCUCUUGAGGCAGGACAACGAGAGGCUCCAGAGGGAGGUCCAGAGCACCAAGGCAGAUCUGGCUCAUUCCAGGGAGAAGAUACGGCAGCUCGAAUCCACCAUCCUGUCCCUGAAGCACGUAAAACACCAAAGCCAGUCAGGGAUUGUGAAAGCCAUUGAGCAGGAGAAGCUGAAUCUGAAGAGGGAAUGUGAGCGGCUGCAGAAAGAACUGGCUUCAGCCAACCGAAAGAUCAGCCAGAUGAAUUCCCUUGAGCAUGAGCUGGAAACCAUCAAUUUGGAAAAUGAAGGCUUACGGAAGAAACAGGUCAAACUGGACGCACAGCUGCUUCACUCGAGCCCCAGCAUGAUGUGUAGCCCACCUCAGCAUCCUCACGAACUCCUUCAGCAGCAAGGCUGCUCCGUGGUCCCCUGGGAGCACUACCAACAGCUCCAGCACCAGUUCCUACAGGCUGAGAGGAGGUGCCAGCGCCUGCAGGAAGAACUUGAAAGCCAGCCCUUGGAAACAAACAUGCCCCAGGGUGGUCAGGAGCAUCUGCUGAAGACCAUGGAGAAGCGCAUGAUGGACGUUGAACAGCAGCUGAGGCUGGUGAAGCGGCUUCUCCAAGACAAAGUCAAUCAGCUGAAAGAACAGCUUGCAAAGAACACCAGAGCCGACGAAAUGGUGAAGGACCUCUAUGUCGAGAAUGCACAACUGCUGAAAGCCCUGGAGAUGACAGAGCAGAGGCAAAGGACUGUGGAGAAGAAGAACUACUUGCUUGAAGAAAAGAUUGCCAAUCUUGGCAGGAUCGUCAAGAACCUGACCUCGCCAACGCUGGGCUCUGUGGCUCAGCUAGGGUCUUAGCAUAGCCAUACUUGCACAGCUCGUGAUGCACUUUAUCGAAAGAUGACCAUUUCAGCUGCCUUUUCAAUGCUGCCUUUUCAACAUUAGUGACUGAUGGCUGCACUUAGGGCUGUUCAUGCUCCACCCCAAAGAAACCCCAGUUCUGUUCUCAUGUACCCAUUACCCCUAUGUGCCUUUUACACAAGGCUGCUCCACUAACCCCACUAGAGUUCUGGAGGCUUGUCUUCUCAUCAGGGUUUCAGGAAAAGUCAGAACUGUUCCAUGUUCUAAUUUUCCCAAACAAAUGGUGCAGGUGGGAUGGGGUGGGGCUAAGAAAGCAGAAAGGGAGAACCAGUUGAGUGUAGGGGUGAAGGGAGAAGGGACCUCAGACCUUCAGGCAUUCAGGGGAGGGUAAUGGUGGAUCUCUACACCCCAGAACUUGCACCAGGUGAAGGAAAUCUCAGGGCCAGGACACAGGAAAUCUCAGGAUAGAUGAACCAAGUUUGGAGCAACAGUUAUAGCAGGGAUGGGGAACCUUGGGCCCAGGUGCCAAAUGUGGCCCUUCAAGCCUCUCUGUCCCCGGUUGUCCCUAGGCCAGACCCGCCUCCAGGCCAGACCCCUCAUCAGCCCUGCUCCGCACUUUCCUUUUCCCUUGCUGGAAAAUGUCCUUGACUGAUUAUGAUGCCUCUUGCCUUGCCUGGAUGGAAGACCAAGAGGAGUGUGUGCGUGAGAGUGAGUGAGUGUUAACCUUGGCUUUUGUAUGCCUGGAAUCAGUGGAGACUAGUGGCUCCAAUUGUCAGCACCUUGGGCAGCUCCUUCAAAGUACGGACUGAAACCCGGAGCGGAUUCCAUUGCCACACUGACACUGGAACCACCAGGCACCACUCCCUGGAAUGUGCCCUACUGUACAUGGAUAAGAGCUGCACCUAUUGCUCCAGGCCUCCCCCCUCCUUUCUUUUUUCUUUUUGCCUGUGAGGCCACUUGCCACUGCCACGCAGCCCCCACAAAGUGGCCCACGAGGGAAUGUAGACCGCAGGCUGAAUACGUUUCCCUCUGCUGCCUUCAGGGAUUAAGGGGAGCCUUCAGAUGGUUCUCUUUUUCACCCAAGACUAGCUCCCCCCCCCCAAAAAAAGCCAGUGCAGCAGAAAGCGGAGACACAUAUGCCAAACCGUGGUGUGGUAUGGUAGGAAUGGGUGAGAAUUUCAAUGCAAUUCGCAUUUGAAGCUAAAUUUAUCAGAUUUGCACUUUCCAGAACAAUAUGAGAACCAAAACACAGCCGUCCUUUGAAAUUUGCACUUACUUGAAUUUUGCCACGCACUUUGUGAACCAAACAACGUUGACAAAAAUGCAUUACGUAUGGGGAAAGUGUGCAUAAAAAUGAAUAUAACCUGCAAAAAGGUGUUACACUAUGAGAAAUGGCUUGCAAAAAUGUGUACGUUCCCUACACAAAUGUUUUAUUAGGAGAAAUUUGCGCUAAAAUGCUGGAGAAUUUUCAUGAGGAUUCUAAAAAAAAUAAUUGCAAAUUUCUGCAGAAAUGUGGCGAACUGAAUUUAAGAUUGGAAAAAUUAGAACUGGGAGAACCAAAAGUGACAGAUCUUUCCAUCGCUAGUGUAUGGCUAAGGGGAGCUGGCUGACCACCACAGCGGCGGCAGAUUACAGGUCAAAAGGCGCUUGCUGCUACAGCUGGUGUCCAUAGUACCCUGCGGUCUGUUCAAGCAAGGGGCAUUCGUUUACAGAUUUGUGGGAAUCAGGCUAGCAUUUGGUGGUAGAACUUGAAGGUUCCUGGCUCAUCCUCAAGGAUAUGGCAACAGCAUCCAUUCUCAUAUGAAUGUUGCAGCUCAUGAACAUCAUGGCCAAAGAAAAUGAACAGCCGUGAUUGCAAUCUCAGAGUAGGUGUUUCAAUUUUAAUCCAGAAAUGGUGGAGAUGUGAAGGCCUGUGGGGAAAAAAACAGGAAAAAAUUGGUAUAGUUUCUUCCAUUUUUUCCUGUUUUUAAUUUUUUUAAAAGGAGGGGGGAAAGCCCCCAUUUUUGUGUUUUUUUUCUUGUUCUUCACAUCUCUACGAAAAGGUCAGCAAUUAAUAGGUUUUUUGGAGAGAUGGAGAAACAACACAGACACACAAUCACAUAACCACUUGAUUAAAUCUGAUUUAUCUUACUCAGGGGCUAUACACUUACAUUUUGCAUUAACUUAAUAUAUGGAUUCUAUCAGCCUGAUCCUCCCAAUAAUGUACCAUUGCAAUGGAGGGAGGAGAGUAGUUACAUGAGAACACUUCCCCACACCACCACUUACACUAGGAUUGUGUGAUCACCUGUGUCAUAAGGCCUCUAUAGAUUAAAGAAGUCCAGCCCCUUUUUGGGUGUGAUGAGACAUGCUAGCACGAUGCAUCCGAGGGGCAGGAUUGUUGGAAAGGGGAUGCAGGGAAGGAUCCAGCUUGUCAGAGGAGAGAUGAAUGUACCCCAAAGCAUGUGCCAAAAUCCAAUAAGCUAAUUGACAGAUGGAGUGAGUCACUACAGUUCACUUAAGCUAGUACCUUUUGCAAUAGAAAAAAGAGGGGAAGGGCACAUUGUUCAGUUAUAGAGUGGAUGCCAUUUUCUGCUAAGAGAAUCAUCAGCCCCCUCCGGACUUGUGUUUUUGCAGGUAUAUUCUGUAACAUGUCAUCGAUGCAAUAGUACUGCAUUAGUGGUAGAUGUGAAUCAUCCACACGCCAUUCUGCCUUAUUAGCUGUUCUGUGAUACGUCCCCAAUGUUACCACAUUAUUACUGUCUGGAGGGGCGCUCUUGCGCUACAACGCAAGAAAAGCAGGACAAAAUAUGAACUGGAAUGUUUGUAGUAUAAAAAGUUACACAAAGUUACAGGACAUGCACUGAUUGGAAACGAAGCAGUAUGUCUGCCUCAACGUUUUGCUCGUGCAAACAGCUUUGAAAGCUGAUCACAUAUAACCACCCUGAUGCCAUCAUGAGCACAAAUCAUCAUGAGUGCACAAUAGAAAGGACCUCUGGAAGGGCCCAUAGAUAUAGGCAUGGGAGAAAUCUGUGAGAUGGAGAUGGUGGGCCAGGCAAAUAAUUCACAUGACUCAGUAGGCACCUUCAGUAAUGUGGGUUUUCUGGAAAAUGUUCUAUGCAGAUUAGGGUGAUUUGCAUUGGGAAAUUUUAAGUUUGUAUCUGACCAUUUUCUGAUACCCAAGAGAAUGAUCUAAUCUAGCACAUCUAUUUUACAAAUUUUACUUUAUAAACAAAGAUGAAAACUUUUAAACUGCCAACCUUGCCCAAUCUGUAUUUGCCACUGGCAUCCAUUCAUUGCUGCCACCAAACCUUUGAAACAGGAAAUUUUCCAUGGAAAAAAUUUCCACCCUACAUAACUGGGUAUCAUUGGACCUUGCCAUGGAUCAUAGCUUAGAGACAAUGAAACUUACACAUGCCUUAAUGUGGACAUUUAACUGUAGCCUACUCACGUGAGCGGUGUAACACCACCACCACACUCUGUAACAGUGGAGACUGGUGGCUCUGAUGUCAGUCCAUCUGGAAACUUAUGUCCUCACUGUGCGAGGCUGUGUGGAUCCAGAAUUGGCCUCCACAGUCACUUACAGACCCACCGUUAAAGACUUUAUCUUGGAAGACAAUCUUACUCGGCCACGAGUGAUCUCCAAUGAAUGAAUGAAUCCGUGCACAGUUUUAGUCCAAACAUUCAAGUUCGGACUUGGACCUGGAGCGGAUUCGCUACCCCACUGACAUUGUAGCCGCCAAACACCACUGCUCUGUAACACAGCUGUUGUGCACCGAAGUGGCUGUGCAGCAUUUUCUGAACAGUUUCUUACCCUAGCAGAACCUUCAGGACAGCAUAGCCAGCCAACCAGAGCAGGGAGCACUCUGGAAGAUGGCUUGUUGGUCUAAAACAGCACAAGGCAGCUCUAUAUAUUCUUCUAUACCCUGGAGAAUGUGAAAGCUCAAACCCACAGGCUAUCUUCAUGUGGUGACUGUGAGCCAGGUGUUCCUCUUCCUGCAAUUAAAAGGGAUGCAUUGCUGUAUCCUGUUUUGUGGGGCAAUCCCACACACUCCUUUGAGAGGCCAGGGUUAGGUGAAUCAAGCAGUUAUCACUCUUUUUCUUUGAUAUGAUCGAAGCAUGGCUCUUCAACCCCAGGCCCAAGCAAACUAUUUGACACUGAGAAAUGGACUGUUGAUGAAAGUAUACUCCAUGAAGGCUCAACAUAGUUCUAGCCGAAGUCUCUUUUAAAACCACUCCGGAGUCUGGACCUAGUUUUCAUAGGGUCUAUCUUGGGUAGGUUUAUCUCAGGGCAUUUGGGUUGUGAUAUGUCUGCUGAGACUAAUUUUCAAUGGUAGCUCAUUUACAUGUUUGUUGCCUUGUUAUCCCAGCCUGGGCCCUUGGGAUGGGCAAU